UCUCGCCGCGCGUCUGCCCGCGUGAGGGGAGCUACGGCCACGGCCGCUACCGCCUCGGUCUCCGUCUCCGCUGUUUCCUCGGCCCUGCGCCCGCUAUGGCGCAGAUCCUCCCCAUCCGUUUCCAGGAGCACUUCCAGCUCCAAAACUUGGGAAUCAAUCCAGCCAACAUUGGAUUCAGCACACUGACCAUGGAAUCUGAUAAGUUUAUAUGUGUCCGAGAGAAGGUUGGCGAACAGGCGCAGGUAGUGAUUAUUGACAUGAGUGAUCCAAUGGCGCCAAUCAGGCGGCCCAUCUCUGCUGAAAGUGCCAUCAUGAAUCCAGCAUCUAAGGUGAUAGCUCUGAAAGCUGGGAAGACACUUCAAAUCUUUAAUAUUGAAAUGAAGAGUAAAAUGAAGUCUCAUACAAUGGCAGAAGAGGUGGUUUUCUGGAAAUGGGUCUCUGUGAACACUGUUGCCCUGGUGACUGAGACCACAGUCUACCACUGGAGCAUGGAAGGUGACUCUCAACCCGUGAAGAUGUUUGAUAGACAUGCCAGUUUGGCAGGGUGCCAGAUGAUCCACUACCGGACUGACGAGUACCAGAAGUGGCUGCUCCUCAUUGGCAUCUCGGCUCAGCAAAACCGUGUAGUUGGGGCAAUGCAGCUCUACUCUGUGGACAGGAAGGUUUCACAACCCAUAGAAGGCCAUGCUGCUGCUUUUGCAGAGUUCAAGAGUGAGGGGAAUGCCAAGCCUGCCACUCUUUUCUGCUUUGCUGUACGUAGUCCCGCAGGGGGCAAGGUUGGCUAUGUCCCAGACUGGAUCUUUUUGCUGAGGAGUGUGAUGAGGAUCAGUCCAGACCAGGGCCUGCAGUUUUCUCAAAUGCUAGUGCGAGAGGAAGAGCCAUUGGCCAACAUUGACCAGAUUGGAGCUAAACAUGGUGUUAUUUACUUGAUAACAAAGUAUGGCUAUCUUCAUCUGUAUGACCUAGAGUCUGGCGUGUGCAUCUACAUGAACCGUAUUAGUGCUGACACGAUCUUUGUCACUGCUCCACAGGAACCUACUUCUGGAAUUAUCGGUGUCAACAAAAAGGGACAGGUGCUGUCCAUUUGUGUCGAGGAAGAUAACAUUGUGAAUUAUGCAACCAAUGUGCUUCAGAAUCCAGACCUUGGUCUGCGUUUGGCCAUUCGUAGCAACCUGGCUGGGGCGGAGGAGUUAUUUGUGAGAAAAUUCAGUACCCUCUUUGCACAGGGGAGCUAUGCUGAAGCCGCCAAAGUAGCAGCAUCUGCACCAAAGGUUGCAGAUGCCAUUCUUGGAAAUCAGAUGUUUACUCAUUAUGAUCGGGCCCACAUUGCCCAGCUCUGUGAAAAGGCGGGCCUCCUGCAGCGUGCACUGGAGCACUACACUGACCUCUACGACAUCAAGAGGGCUGUGGUCCACACUCACCUCCUCAAUCCCGAGUGGCUCGUCAGCUUCUUUGGCUCCUUGUCAGUGGAGGAUUCUUUGGCGUGUCUUCAUGCUCUGCUGUCUGCCAGCAUCAGACAGAACCUUCAGCUGUGUGUGCAGGUGGCCUCCAAGUACCACGAGCAGCUGGGCACACAGUCCCUGGUGGAGCUCUUUGAAUCCUUCAAGAGUUACGAAGGCCUCUUCUACUUCUUGGGCUCAAUUGUAAACUUCAGCCAAGAUCCAGACGUGCACUUGAAAUACAUUCAGGCUGCCUGUAAGACGGGGCAGAUCAAGGAGGUGGAGAGGAUAUGCCGGGAGAGUAAUUGCUACAACCCAGAGCGGGUGAAGAACUUCCUGAAGGAGGCCAAGCUCACAGACCAGCUUCCCCUCAUCAUUGUGUGUGAUCGGUUUGACUUUGUCCAUGACCUCGUCCUGUACUUGUACCGCAACAACCUGCAGAAGUACAUCGAGAUCUACGUUCAGAAGGUCAACCCUAGCCGGAUCCCUGCUGUGGUUGGAGGGCUGCUUGAUGUGGAUUGUUCUGAGGAAGUAAUUAAAAACUUAAUCAUGGUGGUGAGAGGACAGUUCUCUACUGAUGAGCUGGUGGCUGAAGUAGAAAAAAGAAACAGGCUAAAGCUGCUGCUUCCCUGGCUGGAGUCCCGGAGUCACGAAGGCUGUGAAGAGCCUGCCACUCACAAUGCACUUGCCAAGAUCUACAUCGACAGCAACAAUAGCCCCGAGCGCUUCCUGAGAGAGAACGCUUACUAUGACAGCCGUGUGGUGGGCCGCUACUGUGAGAAGCGGGACCCGCAUCUGGCCUGUGUUGCCUACGAGCGGGGGCAGUGUGACCUUGAGCUCAUCAAGGUUUGCAACGAGAAUUCUCUGUUUAAAAGUAAGGCCCGCUACCUGGUGCACAGAAAAGAUCCAGAGCUCUGGGCUCACGUCCUUGAGGAGACCAACCCAUCCAGGAGACAGUUGAUCGACCAGGUGGUACAGAUGGCAUUGUCAGAAACACAGGAUCCUGAAGAGGUCUCGGUCACUGUCAAGGCCUUCAUGACAGCUGAUCUGCCUAAUGAACUGAUUGAGCUGCUGGAGAAGAUAGUUCUGGAUAACUCGGUCUUCAGUGAGCACAGUCCUACCUAUCUCUUCUAG